AUGACUUCCAUGGUCCAGUUUGCUCGCCUGGCGUUUGUUGUCGUCCUGGUCUUUCUCGGCCAAGCACUGGACGCGGCCAACCUCGAAACAAAGCAUGACACCAACAGGCCCUUAAAGGUCCGCCUCGAUUAUGCUCUCGCAACUAGGAGCAACGAUGUAGCCGAGAAUCGCCACCAAUGGGUCUUUUCCAGCCACAUCACCUUUAAAGAAAAUGUCGAGGUUAUUACCGAUGGCCAGCUACUGAGGAUGGCCGGAGAUGCGUUUGCGGAAAUGGAGGCCGACUUUCUCCAGUACGCACCGUAUCUUGACAAGAACGGCAAGCCAAAGAUGCUGCCAGGCGCCAUGUCCAUCCUAGCCGCGGGGAACGAGAUCUUUCUCUCCAGUUCUCAGAAAGGGUUAAGUACCUUUAUCAACGAAGUCGCAGAUAGUCCAGUCAAGCGCCAGUUGGAAGUUUGCUUCGCUACUUGGAAACUCGAACACCCCGAUAAGGACGAAACAGACCACAAGAACAACAGACGAUGUGGUGAAAUCAUGACGUUCCACCAGUACUACAAAGUCCACAGCGAGGAGCUUAUCACCCUAUCGCCACUUGCGCGUCUAACCACCGUGGUCAGGUUGGCGAGGACCGGCGAAAUGGUGCUUAUCCCCGCCUGUGGAACUGGCUUAGAGGACCGGUGGGGGUGCGAUUAUUUCUUGAAGGACCAUAAAGCUCCGCCAGAAAAGUCCGAUGUAGUUAAAUACCUCGACGAUAAGACGCUGGUGGCCGAGGAAUACACUCUGGACGCUUUGGCUGGUGGCGUGCGCAAUAUCGACCAGAUAGAGUCUUGCUAG